AUGAAAUCAUGGUUAGCUAUAGUUUUAUUAAUCGGUGGAGUACGUUGCGAUGGAUUUUCGGAUCAAGUUUUCAAGACACUGUAUAUAGGAGAAGGAAAUGCGUGUUAUAGAACAUUCAAUAAAACUCACGAAUUCGGAUGUCAGGCUACAAAAGAAAAUGAGAAUGGAUUGAUUGUUCGAAUUGACAAACAGGAAGAUUUCGAAAAUUUGGAAUCCUGCUGGAGAGCACUGUAUCCAGCCUUCAACGGAAAGUUCUGGGCUCUUCUGCCAGUCAAUCUUAUUGGACGCAACACAAUUUCCCUUCUAAAAUCAUCUGAAUGCUUAGCAGGCGUAAUUUUGUACAACUCUCCACAACCGCAACACCCUGAAGAGGAAAUCACUUCUGCCUCCCAUGACGCUGAUUGUCCAAAUGCGGCCAGUGAUUACUAUUUUCAAAACAAAAAAGAGGAAUAUUGUAAAAGAAAAAUAAAUUCUGGAGGAUCUAUCACUCGAGACGGUUUAAUGAGAACCGAUUGGCGAAUUCAAAUGGUAUUCAUCGAUAAAUCAGAUGAUCUCAGUGUCAUAGAAAGAUGCCAUUCAUUAUUCAACAUUCCCAAAGAGAAUGGAACAACUGGUUACCCUUAUUGUGGCAUGAGCUUCCGAUUAGCUAACAUGGCAGCCGGAAAUUCAGAAAUUUGUAACCGAAGAGGAAAGAGUAAGGCAAAACUGUUCCAGGCGAAUUUCGAUAGUGGAGAAGUUCCUCAAAUUUGUGGGGCAAUGCAUAGCGAUAACAUCUUUGCAUUCCCAACACCGAUACCCUCAUCUCGAUCCAAUGAAACUAUGAAUUCGAGCAAAUACAUGAUGAUCACAUCAAGAAUGGAUAGUUUCGGAAUGAUACCAGAAAUUUCUGUCGGUGAAGUAUCAGUACUCACUUCUAUCAUCUCCGUGAUAGCGGCUGCUCGAUCCAUGGGAACUCAACUGGAAAAGUGGCAGAAAGCAUCAAAUGCAUCGAAUAAAAAUGUAUUUUUCGCAUUUUUCAACGGUGAAUCACUUGACUACAUAGGAAGCGGUGCCGCAGCGUAUCAGAUGGGAAAAGACAUCUUCCCACAGCGAAAUAUUCGUUCGGAUAUUGUACGCAUCCAUCCAAUUCAUGUCAACGAAAUCGAUUAUGUUUUGGAAGUUCAACAAAUUGGUGUAUCGAAAGGAAGAAAGUACUAUGUGCAUGUGGAUGGUGAACGAUACGAUAAGAACAAGACGUCAACGAAUAAGUUGAUUGAUCGAAUUGAACGGGGUCUUCGAAGUCAUGGAUUCGAUUUAGAGAAGUUAACUGAUAGUGUGACAAGAGUUCCACCAGCAAGUUGGCACUCCUUCGCGAAAACCGAUCCCACUGUUCAAUCUCUACUGAUUGCACCAUUCAAAGAGGAAUAUGAGUACAGACGAAUUAAUUCGAUUCUUGAUAAGAAUCAAUGGACUAAUGACGAAAAAGAAAAAGCUAUUCAAGAGAUCGAGGCAGUUGCAACAUCUAUUCUUGCAGCAUCUGCUGAUUAUGUUGGAUUGGAGACAGAUGAUGUCGUUGCAAAAGUUGAUAAAGCUUUGAUAGCAACACUGUUUGACUGUCUUAUUGUUUCUAAUUUCUGGUUCGAUUGUGAUUUCAUGAAGAAGCUGGACGGUGACCGUUAUCAUAAACUUUUUAAUUCGUAUGGCUUCAAUGAGAAAUCAACUUAUAUUUCAAUGGAAACACAUACUGCAUUCCCAACUGUACUUCACUGGCUGACGAUAUUCGCUUUGGGAAGUGAUAAAGAAACAUUGAAUGUGAAGAGUGAAACGAGUUGUUCCCAUCUUGGAGAAUUCCAAGCGAUGUACACGUACACUUGGCAACCGAGUCCGUAUACCGGAAACUUCAGUUGUCUCAAAUCGUCUAUUGGAAAGAAAGUGAUGGUGUCACCAGCUGUGGAUCCAUACACACCUGAAGAAGAAAUGAACACGCGAUAUUCGACAUGGAUGGAAUCGGUUUACGUUAUCGAGUCUGUCAAUUUGUACUUGAUGGAGGACACAUCAUUCGAGUACACUAUGCUAAUUAUUGCAGUAUUAUCAGCUUUGUUAUCCAUAUUCGCUGUUGGCCGCUGUUCCGAAUCUACAUUCAUCGUCGAUGAAGGUGAACCCGCAGCAGAAGGAGGAGAACCACUUUAA